UGUUUUAUUAACAGUGGUCCAGUAACUGGGUGAAAAGUGGAGAGAUGUGAACGCGAAAAAGACGCGGUUAAGCUUGAAGUUUCCAACAGACCGAGGCGGAAGCUUGGGAGAAGCUUUCUCUCCAGCGAGGCUAGCUUUGACCAUGGCGCUGAAGCAUUUCCGCCUGGUACCGAGGCGCCUCAUCUGGGACCAGUCACAGAGGCGGGCUGACCCCGCCGCUUUAACCCGGGACGGCGAUGCCGCCGUGGUAUGGAGUCUUUCUCCGGUCCCGUUGAGCCUGCCGGCCGCCAGCAGCACCGCAGCAGCUUCGGCUGACUUUGAGCGGCACCGGCUGAGAUGGAGAGGAGCUGCAGGACUGAAGGUGACGGGGCUGUCUGCCGGGAGAAACAUGUCCCUACGAGGACUCACGACCUCCUCCGGGGACCUCCAGUACGAUCUGAAACCAAACAUCCCAAAAACCGAAGGCCGUAAGCUGUUUUUUGACACGCAUGCGGUUGUGCGACUCUUUGAGGAAAAUGGGUUGAGCACUCAGCAGGCUGAGGUGUUGGUUAAAGUGCUGGUCGGGACGACAAACUCUAACAUGGACGUCAUUUAUAGUGACAUAGUGACCAAGGUGCAGCAGGAAAUCAUGCUGCAGCAAGUGAUGUCUAAAAUAGCUGCUGUAAAGAAGGACAUGAUUAUCCUUGAGAAGAGCGAGUUCUCCACUCUUCUGGCAGAGAACGAGAAACUCAAGAUCCAGUUGCUACAGCUGAAGGUCCAGCUGGGUGAUGUGAUUAACAAAUUGCGCUCGGAUAAUAUUUUGGACUUGAAUUUGGAGAAGAGCCGCGUAAAAGAACGGAAAACGGAGCACGACAAGAAGCUUCUGGAAACGAGAACUGAGAUUCUGGAAAUGACAGCAGAGCAGGACCGCCAUCUAACCCAGACAAACAUGAAGAUAGACACCGAAGUGGCUGGUUUGAAAACCAUGCUGGAGGCUCAUAAACUGGACACCAUCAAAUAUCUUGCAGGUUCAGUGUUCACCUGUCUCACUGUGGUCCUGGGAUUUUAUCGGAUUUGGAUGUGACCAGGAGAAAAAUGACAACUCCUGUAUGGACUGCAAGGAUGCUGACGGUGAAGCCGCUAAAGAACAACUAUUUCAUGUUGGAACUUAUUUUGCUGCAUUUCAUUUCCAUUUUGCCCAAGAAUGGGUCUGUCACUGUGUUCUAUUUAAGGGCAAUCCACUUAUCAAUGCAUCUCAAAAGGACUGAGUAAUUAUUUCCCUUUUUGGUUUUACUUGAAUACAUUUGCUUUCCCCG